AUGCGUUACUGGUCCUCCAGGACGGCUCUAGAUGGUCCAUCCCAGCAACCUCCUGAGAUUCGUUUCUGCUACACCUUUUCAGGUGGGCAUAAUAUCUGUGACGGUGGACCCAAGGGAGGAGUGUGCCCCCUUUCUCUCAAUGGUGAAACGUGCUCGUCAUGCCUGACUCUGAUGGAUCUACCCAUACAAGAAGCCUCUGAGCUAGCCACACAGGAACCCCUGGGGCGCGUGGCUCCCUGCGACUUCCCAGACAAAGAUUACGGAAAUUUUUUCGCAGAUUGCACGAACGUCGCUGGUGGCGCAGAGGUGGACAAGUGUCUGAACACAGGUUUUGCCGGAAGCUUGCUUUCGGAUUACGCUAUCUAUACCGACAUCAAGCUCGCCAACGCUCCUGCCUCUGUGGGCCAAUGCAGCGCCACUGCAGUCACGCCCGCGGACCUCGGAUUCACACAAGCUCCUUCCCCCGCCCCUUCUCCCAUGCCCAUUGCAACCCUGGUCAUGGGCGAAAAGACUGAACCUUUCAAUUUGACACAAAGGGAGAGGCGUAUAUUUGAACUUUCCGUGUCUGAUGUCACAGCUAUCUUCCUCUGCCGGGUUGAGAGUGACGGGAACAAUGGCGAUGUCGACUUGUCGGUGGCAGUUGACGUCUUGCCAACGGAUGAGACUCAGGAAUGUGCCAGCAAAAAUGCUGACUCGGAAGAAGAAUGCUGGGUGGUCGUCAGUGGUGCUUCUUUGUCCGUUUAUGCUGAAGUGUAUGCUGACACAGCAACUAGAGACAUUCAAAUUGAGUGCUUUAUCGAUGAAGACGAAAGCGACGCACGGGACGUCAGUGAAGAAGUUGGUGAUGACCGAAGCUUCGACUUGCGCCAGAACCAGUAUGAACUCUUUAUGGUCGCAGCCCCCGAAGGAACAGAAUUUGUCGCUUGCACUGUAGACUCUGACGAGGGAGAAGUCUUCCUCUGGAUGAGAGUUGGUCAGAUGCCAAUUCCCCGCGAAGGCUAUGUCGGAGAUGACUCCUGCCAAGAUACGUGUGAAUCUGGCGUUGAGUGCUGCUUCGUUCCGGUUUCUGGUGGAGACGUCGACGUGUUCGUCUUGCUGUAUGGCCUUGAGGAGGUUGACGACGGCGACAUAGAGUGCGUGGUGGAAUUUCAAGCAGGAUCUCGACCCACAGACCGAGACGGAUUGGAAUUGGACGAUGGGGAAGAGUUUAGUCUUUCUCUGAACCAACAACGUGAUUUUUACGUGGAAAUCCCUCAAGGCACUCUCAUGGUGAGGUGUUCUGUUGAAUCUGAUGAUGGAUCUGUUUUCCUCGCUUUUCGUGUGGGACAGCCCCCUUUGCUGGCUGCUGAUUCCGCGAACGAUGUUUUCGACUGCGGGAGUUCUACUGGGACAUCUGGUUCGGCACGCUGUACAGAGGUUUGGUCCAGCACCAUUGGCGGAGUUUCAGAAGACACUCGGAUCUACCUUGCGGUGACACCCGACGGCGGAACUCAGGUUGAAGACGCAACCAUUGAGUGCACCGCCACAGUGCCGGUGGAUGAUGAGGAAGCGUUCGAUGUGGAUUUGCCGUUCCAACGUGGUAACAUACGGCUCAACGAAGGGGGCAGGUCCAGAGGCCUCCUCUUCAGAUUUGAUAUCCCUGAAGGCGUUGUGAAUGUGGACUGUUUUGCGACUUCUGACUUCGGUGAUAUCGACUUCUACAUGAGAGUGGACGAUGUCCCAAACCUGGUCGGUAACGAAUUCGAUUGCGCUGCAAAUUUUUUUGCAACUAGUGAAGAGUUUUGCUCGAUUUCUGCAAAUCGAUUUGACGAAGGCGAUGCAGUGUUUGUAUUUGUGCACAAUGGAGGGGACACGGCUGUUCAGGGCGGCGUACUUGAGUGCUUUGGCUUCGAUGCGGAGGACUUGCUCGUUACGACGUCGCGAAGCGGACCGAUGGGGAAUCCUGACGUUCCCUAG